UUAUGAACCAAGUGAAUCCGAAAAUAAUGAAGAUUCCGAUGUUCAAGAUGAAGAUAUUCAAGAUAACAGAAUUAUGGUCAAUAAUCGUGGUCGUGAUCAUCAUGAUGGUGAUUAUGGUUAA